GGCGUCUUUUUCUUCGUUUUAUGUGUCGCACAUCUUGCUGUCGCACGCACAACUUGCUGUCGCCACCUACGAGCGAAGCGAGUGGGUGGAACACCGAGUACCUGCUAUAGUAGCCAUCUUGAAGGUGGAAACGACUUUUCUCGUGCGUCAGAGAUCCGACGAACUACCCUAAAUAUCCACAAUCUGGAAGAUGAAAGUCAAGUUAGUGAGCUAGCCGUGGACGAUACUCCUAGAUUUCCUGAUCUCAGCGAUUCGGCGAUACAUGGUAGCCUUACCGGCAAUCAAGCCAUGCCAAUUGAUCUCGAGAACGAGGUCAACAGCUCCCGCAAUUUCAUAUCGGAAACAACAAACGUUCGUGCAGCUGAGCGUGGUAUUGACGAGAGGAGUCCAGUUGCUCCUGAAUCCCGAGGUUACGAUGAUGGGACGGAUCAAGAGCCAGCUAGUAAGGAGGUAUCAACACUUGUUUCUGCUGGCUCUCUCAUUUGCUCUCCACAUGGCUUCGAUGUGAUUACAUUUGCCGGGAGCUCCCCCAGUCAGGAUGGCGGGGAUUCUACACUCGCUGGGGAACCGGAGAUAUCAUCUUGUGAUGGUUUUAGUAAGCCAGAUGAAGAACAUCGACACGAAAACGAAAGCGUACCUCAGGGCUGUACUGUCAUCGUCGACCGCGACGAGGCACAUGGGGUCAUGCAACCCUGUACCCAAACACGAGGCGACAAUGCUAUGAGAAAAUCGAGCCUUGCAGCUACGCGAGACGGCGCGGGAAAUACGCAGGGCCUCCGAUAUCCAAAACGGAACAGAGCCUCCAUAGUCGCCAAGACUGCUCAUCAGAGUCAAUCAAAGCGACAACGCCUAUCGCCACCAGAUUCAGAAAAUGAGAGUACUAGCAGCGAGGAUAAUGACGAAGAUGAUGCUGACUACGAACUCAAUGAAACCCGCAAUAACGGCUAUGUCUCAUCGCCUUCCCCGGGUUGCGAUGCAGAAGAACGGCUAGUUCAAAGCGUCUGUACUGACGAUAUUGUCAAUCCAGAUAUGCUCAUUCCAGUAUAUAUCCCCAAAAAGUAUCUUCGUUACCUCGCCUUUCAGCAAAACAUGCAGUCUGUAACAGCCAGUGUCAAAUCACGCAACUUGAAGCGAAAAUCUGCAUCAGUCAAAGCCACAGGGACAAGAUAUACCGAAGACGACGACAGGCAACUGCUGGAAUUGAGGGAGGAAAGGGGGAUGUCGUGGCAGGAAAUACAGAGGGAGUAUUUCCCUAAGAGAGAGAUCAACUCCCUACAGAUACACUAUUGCACGAAAGUGAACCCAAAGCGGAAGAAGGAUCAUGUAUUGCACGCAUAGUUAGACAUGCUCGCUAUGGAAGUACAACAACUCUUCGGAGCAAGCACAAUGC